AUGUUCGGCCUCAAAGAAUCAGCGCUCUACCAGGAGCUGAGCCCCCGCUUGCUUUUUAUCGGCUGCUUUGUCUCCCUUGGAGCCAUGGGCUUUGGCUUUGACAAUUCUUGGUGGGGAGGCGCUCUUGGAUUAACGCCCUUUGCCCAGAAAUAUGGCUCCUGGGAUCCAGCCACCAAUGAUUGGAUCAUUCCAUCCGAAAAACAGUCUGCCGGCACUGGUACUGGCUCGGCUGGUAUCAUUUUCGGCUGUUUAGCUUCGCCUUGGCUAUGUUCGCAUCUUGGCCGGAAGCCGACGCUGUUGGUCAUGGCGGCUGUGUUGUCGGUUGGGAUUGUUCUCGAAGCCUCUGCUGUGACUUCGUUCUGGCAAUUGGUCGUUGGACGUAUUGUGGUUUACUCCGGCAUCGGUAUUGCUUCGAAUGUGGUGCCUAUGUACCAGUCUGAAUGCGCGCCGGCUAAAAUCAGAGCUUUUUUGACUGCUUAUUCGUUUUGGAAUACCUUUGGAGGAUUCCUUGCUACGCUGGUGGUCUACUUAUGCCAGAGCCUGAAGACCGAAUGGGCUUACCUAACAGUGAUUCUGUGCCAGCUUACCGUUCCUGUUGGAAUCAUCCUCUCGUAUCCUCUCCUUCCUGAAACACCUCGAUACCUGGUCUACAGCGGACGUUACGAGGAGGCUGAGACCGCAAUCAAGGACCUAUACGGCGCCCAUUAUAAUGCAGCCGAGGAGGUCCAGCUACUCCGACUACAGGUGGAAGAGCAGCGAGAGCUGCAUCGAGCCACUAGUCUGAUGGACUGCUUCCGCGGAACCAACAUGCGACGAACCAUCAUUGCCAUUGGCGUGCAAGUUCUGCAGCAGGCACAAGGCAUUUCCUUCAUCAACAACUUCAUCGUGACAUUCAUGAAGCAGCUCGGCUUUGCGGAUCCACUGAAGUACAAUGUCAUCGUGCUGGCUUGCGGCCUUGUCGCUAAUGUCUUUUCCUUCUUCACCUUUGAUAAAGUUGGUCGACGAAGCAGCAUGUUCACGGGUGCCUUCUUCAUGGCCGCGAUGAUGAUCGGCGUGGGCGGCACCACGGCAAACGGGUACGAGGGUCUAUCUCCCAUGACGCAGAAUGGCUGCAUUGCCAUGCUUGUUCUCUGGUACGCCAUCUAUGCGCUAUCCUGGGGCCCUGGAGUGUGGAUUCUCGGUGGUGAGAUUGGAACCGGCCAGUUGCGCGAAAGAACUUUGCUCUUGUCGUCGCUGGGUAGUUUCGUGACCUCUGUUCCUAUCAAUUUCGUCAAUCCUUACGUGCAGGCCCAGAUUGGGGGCCGAACUGCCAUCAUUUAUGGUAGUUUCUCUGUCGCUGCUAUGGUGUUUGUUUAUUUCUGUCUCCCGGAGACCAAGGAUCGAUCCUUGGAGGAGCUUGAUGAGAUGUUUCAACAGAAGGUUCCGACCACGCAGUUCAAGGACUACGUGUGUACUGGUCUUGGGGCUCAGAUCCGACAGUUAGAGAACAAGGAGAUUGAGGCCGAUUUGAAGGGCCGACAGAUUGAACAUGUUGAGGCUGCAAUCUGA